CAUUAUUGUCAUUGUUUGUUCUUCAAUCACUGCAAUACAUCCUCUCAUUGCUUAAGUAAAAACACACAAUUCUUUGACAGUGAUUUGGAAAAUAUAUUGAGGCCUCUACUUAAAGCAGAGGAAACCAAAGUUUUAUGUGUUUGUAUCAUACUUUCAAACAUUAAGAAAGAAGAAAAAAAAAAGGUGCAGAUUAAAGAAUAGAGGGGCCAUGGCCAGUGAAACUGCACAGUCACACCUACCCUUUUAGUUGAGUAUUUCUUCUCUUCUACUCUUGCUUCCCCUGCCACCACCAUUUUCUUUCUGUUUCCUUCUUCUUCUUCUACUUCAUAAUUUGGACUUGGCCAUUUGAUAACUUGAGGGUCCUUACAGAACCCAAGUCAACAACUUUCUUCUGGGGAGCCUACGAGAGAGAUUUGAUAUUGAUAAUGAGAUCUGGAGAUUGGCUAAAAAAUUUAAUUGGCUUUAAGAAACUGAAGAACAAAAGGCCAAAAUAUCUAAAGGGAUCUUCCGCACCUCAAAAUGCAAACGGGAUUAACCAAAAUCAUCACCUUCAGACAAUGUCCACUAAUGUUUCACAUCAUGUCUGUAGUGGGAAUCCUGGGAUCCGGAUUGAGGAUCUGGCAGCUACACGGAUUCAAAGUGCAUUUCGAGCAUAUAGGGCAAGAAAAACUCGGCGGCAGUUGAAAGGGACUGUCAACUUACGGGCAGUAACUUUAGGUUCUUCUUCUAAAAAGCAAGCUUCAGUAACGCUAAGGUACCUACACACAUGGAGCAGAUUACAAACUGAGAUUAGAGUUCGCAGGGCUAGUAUGGCAGUGGAAGCCCGAAUUAAACAAAGGAAGCUGGAGAAUCAAGUAAAACUAGACACCAAGCUUCACGACCUCGAGGUGGAAUGGAGCAAUGGUUCUGAAACAAUGGAGGAAGUUCUUGCAAGGAUUAAUCUACGUGAAGAAGCAGCAGUGAAGCGAGAGCGAGCUAUGGCAUAUGCUUUUUCUCAUCAGUGGAGGGCAAGCUCAAACCCUGCUCUGGGUAAUUAUGAACUUAGUAAAGCUAUUUGGGGUUGGAGCUGGAUGGAGCGUUGGGUUGCUGCUAGACCAUGGGAAAGCAGAGCCCUUACACAAUCAAGUCCAAAGAAAGUGGUGAGUAGUAAGAAAGUAAGCAACACUGCUAAAAAUAUGAAAUCGCCUACAAUAAAAUCGAGCAAUUCAGUUAAGUCCAUGUCACCAAGUGGGAAAAUCACUACAAAUCCGCGGAAGUUGUCUUAUGGGGAAGCUGACCAGGAGGCAAACACUAAGAAGGAACAAAUAGUAUCUUCGUAGAAAGGUAAUAAGCUUAUUUCAAAUGGAAUAAAGAAUAUCUUAUACGAAAGCAAAAACCAGUAUCCGCCUGUAAUAUUGUUGAGAAGAAAUCUCUUUCCAUUGUGUGCAUAUGAAGCAGCUUGCAGAUUCCCUUUCAAACUUUUGGAUAUCUCGGACAAAUCAUCUAUUUAUUGUUUGCAAUGUAUAUAGCCAAAGCUUUGUUUUUUGGGGUGGUUUUGUCAAUUGUAUAAUAUUUGUUUAAACUCUGGUGUAUCUUAUAAAUUUGCUUGUAGUCUUUUUGUCGACCAAGCUUUACUGUUCUAUUAAAUUAACAACACAAGCUCGUUUUGAUUA